AUGUUUGAAAUUUUAAAAGAAAAAUUCAAAGUCUCGGACUAUUCAAAAAGAUUCCCCGUGCUCUCCGUUUCUAUUGCUAGUGGGCUUGCUUUUCUUUUAAGUAGCAAAUCUUACAGAAAUAUCCUGUUCAAUCCAAUUUCCUUUAUAAAGCUCAGCGUAUUUGAAGAUGAAAGCGUGCCAUUCCUUGAGUCUCAAAAGAAAGAAAAGCCUGUAAUACUGUUCGAUUUUAAUAAUUUUUUGAGCUGUGACAAGUUCUCCCUUGCUAGAUUUGACUAUCUCACUUACAAAAGAGCCUUUUGUGAAGAGUUUCUGUUUAAUAUUGCAUAUUAUUAUGAAAUUAUAUGUGUUUCUGACAGACUACCUUCCAUAGGCCAUAAUAUUAUAGAAUCUUUGGAUCCACUGAGUUGUAUAUCAUACCGCAUAUUCCUAAGAGAUAAGAAAAUGCUCGACUCGAGGCAUUUUAAUCGCAGCUUAUCCAAAUUAAUGGUAGUUUCAUCAUCGCACAACGAAUUUCAUCGCGAUUUUGACCAAAAUUUAAUCAAGCUUCCAAAAUAUACUGGAAAUUUUGAUUCAAGCUUACUCGACUUGAUGCAUUUCUUUAUAAACGUGCAUUAUAUGAAUCUCAAGGAUGUUAGAAGCAUGCUACAGUCUUACAAAAACUGUGAUUUUAUUGAAACGUUUAAAACGAUUCAAAGAAAACUAUUUAACCAGAGGAAUCUACUGUCGUUUGGUAGCUUUGAGAACAAAGUAAAAGAAAUUAACUCAAGGAAAAUAGAAGAGUACAAAAACAUGAAAGCUAAGAUUAAGAAGACGGUUAAUAAUGGGCAAAAAAGCUAUAGAACUUUCAUUUUUAGUGUGCUAAAAAACAUGAUCCUGUGA